AUGGCCGGAGAGAAGCUCAAUGUCGCCGUUGCUGGCCUUGGCCGCAUGGGAUUGCGCCAUGCCAGACACUUUGCAACCCUUACCCCCAAAGCCAACCUCAUUGCCGUCAGCUCACCGGUUCAGGCGGAGCUUGAUGCCGCCGUCGCCGAGUUUGGCCCUCUGAGAACCUACCUCGACUACGAUGAGAUGCUUCGCAAGGAGUCGACCCUGCAGGCUGUCAUUGUCGCCAGCGCAACCACUGUACACGCCGAGCAGGCCAUCAAGGCUAUUGAGAAGGGCCUGCAUGUCCUGUGCGAGAAGCCCCUCAGCACCAACGUCGAUAUCUCACAAUCCGUCGUUACCGCCUACGAGAAGUCCCUCCUUAAGAACCCCAACCAGAAGGUGAUUUGCGGUUUCUCUCGCAGAUUCGAUGCUUCCUACCGCGACGCCUACCAGAGAGUUGCACGGGGUGACAUUGGUGCCCCUUCCGUCUUCCGCUCCCAGACCUGUGAUAAGCUCGACCCCUCAGGCUUCUUCGUCGACUACGCCGAGUUCAGCGGUGGCAUCUUUGUCGACUGCUCCAUCCACGACAUUGACUUGGCUCUGUGGUUCUUUGGCGAGGACAGCGUCGUCAAGAGCGUGGCCGCCAUUGGCAUUACUGCCGUGCAGGAGGGUCUGAGAAAGCACAACGACAGAGACAAUGCUGUCGCAAUUGUUGAGUUCUACGGCGGUAAGAUCGCGCAGCUCUUUUGCUCCCGCAUGAUGGCCGCUGGGCAGGAGGACACGACCGAGAUCUUCGGUACCAAUGGCAAGGUGGCCGUCAACACACAGCCCCAGCUGAACCUGGUCAACCUGUACGAGCCGACGGGCAUUCGCCGCGAGAUCCCUCCCGACUACUACGGCCGCUUCCGCGAGGCCUUCAUCACCGAGGCCAACGAGUUCACGGCGUGCUGCCUGAACAACACGGAGCCUCCCAUGAAGCUCGUCGGCGCCGUGAACGCCGUCAAGAUUGGCUGCGCGCUGCAGGAGAGCUUGAUCACAGGCAAGAAGAUUGAGUUUGACGAGACAGGAAAGCGCAUUGAGGCUGCUCGCCUAUAA